GGAGCAACCACCAAAGCCAGCGUCAUCGUUAAUAGAACAAGAGAUGUACAGUGAGCCAUCUGAGGACGGAAAAGGUGUGUCCAGAGCAGAUGUUUGGCUGAUGCAUUGAUGCAUCAGUACUGCAAGCUUGCCUCGCCAUUCAAGCAAAUCCAAAGGAAGGGUCAAGACAAGGUCUCUCUUUAUUCAGUUUCCGUUGAAGGGCAUUGUGAAAUCCAGCCUACUAUUACAUUCAAGAUCUACUUUUGAGAGGUAACCCGCCCAUCAAAAUUCCACUUCCGGAGAGCAUGCUCAACUUGCUGGAAUGGAUGCUUUUUUUUGUUUGUCAGUCUUGUCAUUUCUGUCCUUUCUGAUGCCUGGAGCCUGGAUGUCCCUCCACCAUAGCCAUCAGACGCUUCAACCAUUGGACGCCAUGGCUUGGAAACGCGAUGAAAGCUCUGAGAGGCACUUCGUUUUGCUUAGCUUCGUUCGGAGCGUGGUGGAAGGUUGGGCCCUCCAAAACCUUUCGAUGCAGGGCUCAGAGAGUGAGAUCCGCGUUGCAGUCACAGCCACCAAUCCCGCCCUGCGACAGACGUUUGAGUCACACAUUGGAAUUGUGGGCAAGGCAGACUUGCUGAAUGUUGCUUUGACGAGAGCGAAGAGUGGGUUGGUGAUUGUCGGCAAUCGUACAAUUCUGAGCGAAGGCUCGGAAGACUUCUUCCAGUUAGCUUCGGAUCUCUGUGACCGAGGUAAUUUAGUUAGUGCGGCAGAGUUUAAAGCCGGUCAUGUUAGACUCGCACAUUAGUGCGGCUCGCAAAGCUGGGAAACCAUGAAAACUCUGAUUGUCACGGGCCUAGGCGUGGU